UUGAGCGUGUGAGCAUGCUGGUCAUCCUGCUGAACUGUGUGACUCUGGGGAUGUUCCAGCCCUGCGAUGACACACACUGCCUCUCCACACGCUGCACUCUGCUCCAGGCGCUGGACGAUGGUAUCUUUAUGUUCUUCGCUGUGGAGAUGGUUGUCAAGAUGCUGGCUCUGGGGGUGAUGGGGCAGAAGGGUUACCUUGGCGACACAUGGAACCGGCUGGACUUCUUCAUCGUCAUGGUGGGGAUGCUGGAGUAUUCUCUUGACGGACACAACGUCAGCCUAUCAGCUAUCAGGACCGUCCGGGUGCUCCGCCCACUACGAGCCAUCAACAGAGUUCCCAGCAUGCGUAUCCUGGUGACCCUGCUGCUGGACACUCUGCCCAUGCUGGGGAACGUGCUUCUGCUCUGCUUCUUCAUCUUCUUCAUCUUCGGCAUUGUGGGCGUGCAGCUGUGGGCGGGGCUUCUGAGGAACCGCUGCUUCAUGGGGGAGGACAUUCGUAUGAUGUAUAAUCUGUCCUUCCUGAACUCGUACUACCGUCCAGAGCAGUCAGAGGAUCUCCCCUUUAUCUGCUCCACCAAUCGGGAGAACGGAAUGCUUCGCUGUUCCGACGUUCCUCGCCGCCGUGUGGACGGGGCCUCCUGCUGGCUGCCUGGUGACUCCACCUUCCCUAGGGAGGAGGGGGAGGGGUCUGGGCUGGCAGAGCCAAUAGGAGGCUGUGUAAACUGGUUCCAGUUCUAUAACGUGUGUCGCCCUGGAAACCUGAAUCCUCACAAAGGAGCCAUCAACUUUGACAACAUUGGAUAUGCUUGGAUCGCCAUCUUUCAGGUGAUCACUCUGGAGGGCUGGGUGGACAUAAUGUAUUAUGUGAUGGACGCUCACUCCUUCUACAACUUCAUCUACUUCAUCUUCCUGAUCAUCGUAGGCUCCUUCUUUAUGAUCAACCUGUGCCUGGUUGUCAUAGCGACCCAGUUCUCAGAGACGAAGCAGAGAGAGAGUGCGCUGAUGCGUUCGGAGCGCAGCGCUCGGAGGUACCGCUCUGACGCAUCCACGCUGGCCAGCGAGCGGGAGCCAGGGUCCUGCUACGAGGAGACACUCCGCUACCUGGCUCACCUGCUGCGCCGCACCAUGCGCCGCCUGGCCCGCCUGCUCACACUUGUCCCUUGCGGCUGUCGUAGAAACACACUCGCCAGUGCAGAGCCUUCCAAAGGGGGUGGGGCCGGAGAGGUGAACGGCCACGCCCACCGGCACUCAGGGCAUGCCCCUCCGAUGGAUGUCUUCCACCUUCAUCAUCAUCAUCUGGGCAGGGCCAGCCACACAGGGCGGGGCCUCAACUACCCCGGAAUCUUCCCUUCCAGUGUCUACAGUCACAUGACCAACAGGGGGCGUGGCCAGAGGCAGGACAACGACAGACUGCCUCAGCUGGUGCUGGAGCAUGGUGUGUGUGUGGGUAACCUGGCGUUGCCAGGGGAGCUGCCAGGACAGCUGUUGCCAUGUCCCUACUGCCUCCAUGACAACCAGCAUAGCAACAGCGACAAUGCCGACUCGGAGCCGGGAGACGAAGCUCUUGAGCCAAUCAGCAGCCGCAGGCGUGCUGACGGACAGGACUCUAGGCCAGUGGCGGGCCGCGGUGUGUGUGUGUGGGCGGAGCUGCAGGACUCUCUACAGGUUGUGGUCAACAGCAGAUACUUCAACAGAGGCAUCAUGAUCGCCAUCCUCAUCAACACUCUGAGUAUGGGCAUAGAGCACCACCAGCAGCCUGAGGAGCUAACCUUAAUCCUGGAGGUCAGUAACAUGGUGUUCACCAGCGUGUUCUCCCUGGAAAUGCUGCUGAAGUUGCUGGCUCUAGGACCUUGCGGCUACCUCACCAACCCCUACAACACCUUUGACAGUGUGGUGGUCAUUAUCAGUGUAUGUGAGAUCGCUGGCCAGGCGGACGGAGGGCUCUCAGUGCUGCGGACGUUCCGUCUCCUGCGCGUGCUGAAGCUGGUCAGGUUCCUGCCCGCUCUGAGGAGGCAGCUGCUGGUGCUAGUCAGGACCAUGGACAACGUGGCCACCUUCUGCAUGCUGCUCAUGCUCUUCAUCUUCACCUUCAGCAUCCUGGGGAUGCACCUGUUUGGCUGUAAGUUCGGCCUUCAGCAGGACUCAGGAGACACGCUGCCAGACAGGAAGAACUUCGACUCUCUGCUCUGGGCCAUCGUCACUGUGUUCCAGAUCCUGACUCAGGAGGACUGGAAUGUGGUGUUGUAUAACGGCAUGGCCUCCACCUCUCCCCUGGCUGCUCUCUACUUCGUAGCUCUCAUGACCUUCGGGAACUACGUCCUCUUCAACCUGCUGGUGGCCAUCUUGGUGGAGGGCUUCCAGGCUGAGGGAGAUGCCAGCAGGACUGAAUCAGAUGAAGAUAAACAGUCUCUGAGCUACGAGGAGGAGGAGAAGAUGAGGGAGCUGCAUGAAGCAGAGCUCAAGCUCCAGAUGAUGAUGCUGGCCCCUAAUGGCCUCCUCAACCCCCGCGCAUCCAUGCCCCGCCCCCCGACCCCGUCGCCACGGCCUCCGCCACUUAUUAUGCACACUGCUGCCACGCCCACCACCAAUCACAGCCAAUCACGACGUGCCAGCAUCAUCUCCGCAGAGAUUAAUGGUUUAGAGCCAAGAUCUCCGGUAAGUCAGCACACACACUGGGACAGUCGUCGCUCCAGUUGGUCCAGCCUCCAGAGAAGGAGCCAAUCAGGAGAGAGAGAGUCUCUGCUGUCAGAGGAUGCAUGGUCUGGCUGGUCCAGUUACAGCACGCGAGAGCCGUCUCUCGACCAAUCAGAGUAUCUGCAGGUGCCCAUGCUCCACCCCCCAGACUGCAAUGGGACAGCCCAUCACCUUGCAGAGUGUUACCACGGCGACCUGCCCCAACCGCCACGUUAUUAUGACGAUCAGGAGGAGGAAGAGGAGGUUGAGGAGAGUGUGUGUACCAAGCUGAAGAUGAAGCUGGAGCCAUACAAGCCUCAGUGGUGCAGAGACCACGAAGACUGCUCCCUCUAUGUGUUCUCUCCCCAGCACAGGUUCCGAGUGUGGUGUCACAGGGUGAUCAGUCACAAGAUGUUUGAUCAUGUCACCCUCCUCUUCAUCUUCCUCAACUGCAUCACCAUCGCUCUGGAGAGACCCCACAUCCAGCCCCACAGCAUGGAAAGAGUGUUCCUGAGUGUGUCCAACUGCAUCUUCACUGUGAUCUUCGUAGCAGAGAUGACUGUCAAGGUGGUAGCUCUGGGGUUCUCCCCAGGUGAGGGUGGGUACCUGAGCAGCAGCUGGAAUGUUCUGGAUGGCGUGCUGGUGCUGGUGUCCCUGCUGGACAUCCUGGUUUCCAUAGCAUCCGCCGGGGGCAACCGCAUCCUGGGAAUCCUCAGAGUGCUGCGACUGCUGCGCACCCUGCGCCCCCUCAGGGUGAUCAGCAGAGCUCCAGGUCUGAAGCUGGUGGUGGAGACUCUCAUCACAUCUCUCAGGCCCAUAGGAAACAUCGUCCUCAUCUGCUGUGCAUUCUUCAUCGUGUUUGGAAUACUGGGGGUGCAGUUGUUCAAAGGGAAGUUCUUCCACUGUGAUGGUGUGGAUGUGAGGAACAUCACCAGCAGGACAGACUGUCUGCAGGCAGGGUACCGCUGGGUCAGGCGCAAGUACAACUUUGACAACCUGGGACAGGCGCUGAUGUCCUUGUUUGUGCUGUCAUCGAAGGACGGCUGGGUCAGCAUCAUGUACGAUGGCCUAGACGCUGUGGGAGUCGACCAGCAGCCGGUGAGGAACCACAACCCCUGGAUGCUGCUGUUCUUCAUCUCCUUCCUGCUCAUCGUGAGCUUCUUUGUGCUGAACAUGUUCGUGGGCGUGGUGGUGGAGAACUUCCACAAGUGCCGUCAGGACCAGGAGGAGGAGGAGGCACGGCUGCGGGAGAAGAAGAGACAGAAACGACUGGAGAAGAGGAGGAGGAAGGCCUUAGAGAAACCCUACUAUGCAGACUACCCCCCCCUGCGUCGGUCCAUCCACACGCUGUGCACUAGCCACUACCUGGACCUUUUCAUCACCGUCAUCAUCGCCACCAACGUCCUCACCAUGGCCAUGGAGCACUAUGACCAGCCACAGUUCCUGGAGGAGGUGUUGAAACACUGUAACUAUCUCUUCACUCUGGUGUUUGUCAUCGAGGCCGUGCUCAAACUCAUAGCCUUCGGUCUGCGCCGGUUUUUCAAGGACAGGUGGAACCAGCUGGACCUGGCCAUAGUGCUGCUGUCCAUCAUGGGCAUCACCCUGGAGGAGAUCGAGAUGAGCGCCGCCCUGCCCAUCAACCCCACCAUCAUCAGGAUCAUGAGGGUUCUGAGGAUCGCACGAGUGUUGAAGCUGCUGAAGAUGGCCACAGGCAUGCGCUCUCUGUUGGACACUGUGAUGCAGGCCUUGCCACAGGUGGGGAACCUUGGCCUGUUGUUCAUGUUGCUCUUCUUCAUCUACGCAGCCCUGGGAGUAGAGCUCUUUGGAAAACUGGAGUGUUCGGAGGUGAACCCAUGUGAGGGUCUGAGUCGUCAUGCUACGUUUGAGAACAUGGGCAUGGCCUUCCUCACGUUGUUCCGCAUCUCAACCGGAGACAACUGGAACGGAAUCAUGAAGGACACCCUGCGUGAGUGCAGGCCAGAGGAGCGCUCCUGUCUGUCCUACCUGCCCCUGGUGUCUCCUCUGUACUUCGUCACUUUCGUGCUGAUCGCUCAGUUUGUGCUGGUGAACGUGGUAGUGGCGGUGCUGAUGAAGCACCUGGAGGAGAGCAACAAGGAAGCGCGGCAGGAGGAGCAGGAGGAGGCGCAGGAGAGGGAGGAGCAGGAGGAGAGGGAGAGGAGGAAGAGGGAGGAGCAGGAGGAGGAGAAGGAGAGAGAGGCCAACCCUUGCCUUUCUGUUGAACACGCUGGACAGGGUGUGGAAAAGGAGGUUUGCCACAGCAACCUCCUGACAGUCCAGCGCCCCUAUCUCUCCCGGAUGCUUUCGUUGCCCAACGACAGCUACAUGCUCCACCCACUCCGAACGCUAGCACAUGCCCCCUUCCCUCCUAUUGGCCACAAUGUUUACAGGGGGUAUGGCUUUUCAGGCUCCACCUCCUCCAUGGGUUCCAGUGGGGCUGGGUCUCUACUCCAGGUGCCGGGGGCGUUACCUGCCGGAAUCCACGCCUCCUUAAGCUCCUCCCACAACAACCGACCAAACAUUUGCCUCAGUCCUGCCCACAGCAUCAGCAAACAUGCCCCCUCAAGAGGCAGACACACCUCCCUCAGACUAAGCCCCUCCUCCAGCAUAGAUAGACACAGCACUUACAUGUUAAGCCCCUUCCACAGCAUUGACCGGACCUCCCCUUCUAUCCCCGCUCUUUACAGUUGUGUGUCCUAUCAUCUUAGCCCCGCCCACAGCAAUGACAGACAUAAGCUAAGCCCCUCCUACAGUGUGGACAGUCGUACUUUCUAUAGGCUAAGCCCCGCCCAUAGCGUGGACAGGUCCUCUGUUCAUAGGCUAAGCCCCGCCCAUAGUGUGGACAGGUCCUCUGUUCAUAGGCUAAGCCCCGCCCAUAGCAUGGACAGGUCCUCUCCUCAUAGGCUAAGCCCCGCCCAUAGCAUGGACAGGUCCUCUCCUCAUAGGCUAAGCCCCGCCCAUAGCGUGGACAGGUCAUCUCCUCAUAGGCUAAGCCCCGCCCAUAGCGUGGACAGGUCAUCUCCUCAUAGGCUAAGCCCCUCCUACAGCGUAGAUAGACACACCCCUCCUGGAGAAGGACACGCCCUUCACAGACCCAGCUCCUCCCUGUGUGGCAGACAGCUGAAGAGACAGCAACAUCCCAUGGAGGAGCAGAAGAUGAGCUGCCUCAGCCAAUUGCUGUCUCCAGUUCCAGACAGGAAGAGGAAGCAGAGCCCGCCCUGCAUCACCGUAGACCCGCCCUCAGAGACCCUCGUUGCCACUGUGACAGGGUUGACAGACAGUGCCAUGCACCUGCGAAGGCGAAACUCAUCCUUUGACUCCUCCUCCUGGAAAGACUCUGUAGACACGCCCCUUUCCCCUCACCACCAACCUGAGACGAGCUCUCUGGACACUGAGGCAAACACCAGCCAAUCAGGAAGCUUUUUACUGCAGAUGGAAGACAGGCCCCCUGAGGACGAUCUGCUGGGAUUGGCUCCCACUCCCCUGAGGAGGCGGAGCUUGGUGCGCAUGCUAAGCACACGGAAAGGAGAGGAGCCUUAACGCUGGCCCUGCCCACACAAACACUGUUUCCUGUAUGAUAUGCAAUACACCCCUCCCAACUAUCAUCUCUUUAAAACUGUGUGUGUGAAUCACAGCUGAGAUGAUACUAACCCUAACCACCUUUAACCUUUAAGAUAAUUUCUCUGUCAUAUCAGUGGGUGUUUUUAGGUUUAGUUGAAAUUCAAGGCAGACAGACAUGCAAGCAGACAGACAGGUAGACAGACAGACAGGCAGGCAGCAAAUAUACAGGUUUGGUAUAUAUUCAGGUAGACAGAUGUAUAUGAAUAAUAUUAUAAAUAAUAAACAUCUCCUCCUAUCUUCCUAUUCUCUUCUCCUCCUCUCCUCCUCCUCUCCUCUCGUCUCCUCCUCUCUAUUCUUAUCUCCUCCUCCUUUCUCCUCUCCUCCUCUUCUCCUCUCAUCUCCUCUCUAUUCUUAUCUCCUCCUCCUUUCUCCUCUCCUCCUCUUCUCUCGUCUCCUCCUCUAUUCUUAUCUCCUCCUCCUCUCCUCCUCUCUCCUCUCCUCUUCUCAUCUCCUCUCGUCUCCUCCUCUCUAUUCUUAUCUUCUCCUCUUCUCUCCUCCUCUCCUCCUCUCCUCUCCUCCUCUCUCCUCCUCUCUCCUCUCCUCUACUGUUCAGAUGAAGGGCUUCAUGAUAACUGAGUUUGAGUACAGAAUGCAUGUGAUAUUUUAAUACUAUAUUUAAAUACGGUGUAUUUACAGAAUAAUGUUACUCAUAUUGUGAUGAUGAUGAGGGUUAUGAUGAUGAAGAUAAUGAUGACAGGAAGUAUAGAUG